UUGAGAAAAACUUUUCAGUGGGUCUUCAUACCCCCACAAAAAGAGAACAAUGAAAAAUUUGUAACGCGGUAACGCCAAGAAGUAAACAAAAAGGAUAUUAAACGAGCUAUUAAGUAAACGGGAUACGCAGUCAAAUAAAGUUACGUCGGCGAAAAGUAAUGAAAAGUAUUGAAAAAUAUUAAAUAUUUUGUAUUUUAAACUCAAGAAUAGAAAAAACUUAGAAAACGCACUAAUAACGUUAUUGAUUAGUUAACUAAAUAGUAAAGAAAACUAUGGAGAAAAGCCAUUAAACUAAGAAAAAAAUCAAUAAAAUUGCUAAAAUUUUAAUAAGAAAUUAAAAACAAAUACAAUACAAAUUUGUAAAAAAAUACAUUAAUCAAAAUAUAUAGAAACAAGUAAAAAAUUAAAUUAAAAAUUUUCUGUACUAAAUUAUAGUUUUGAAAAAAUUAAAAUCGAAAUUCAUUAAAUGUCAAGAGGUGUAGAAUAGCAAAACAUAAAGAAAGUUAAAUAAAAAUAAGCUAAAAACAACAACAACAAAAUGGCAAAUCUUGCGAAUCAUACAAAAACAGUAACAACAACAAUGACACAUACCGGAACAACAAAUACUUCUGCAACAACAGCGGUGCAGCAAACAGCAGCAACACCAACAACUUUAUCGCUUACUUCACCGUUAACAACGACAAUAACAACGUCGUCAAUGUUGUCCAAAUCAAAUACAGCAAAUCUAGUUGCUAAUGCAUUUUUAAUGGAAAAUCUUAAUAAUAUGCUACAACCUUCAACAACAACACUAUUGCCAACACAUCCACCACCGCCACCCUAUACCCAUUCUUUAGCUCCUGCAGCUGCUAAGGAUUCCACCAAAAAAUCCUCUUUGCCUAUUUAUAUGCAACACAAUAAUUUUGUAGAAACCACAACAAAAACCAACAACAUGUCCGAAAAAUUAUUAAAUGAUAAAAAUAGAUCACCAACACCCACUCUAUCACCGCUCGAUACUGGAGCUUUUGGACCGGCAUUGAAUGAAACACAAAAACCCCGUUGGUUGUCAUCGCUACACAGUGUUAUUUUUAUUAUAACUUGUGCUUUGGCCGUCUUUAUUGUUUUUCGUAAUGUCCUUACAUGGUAA